AUGCUCCAAAGAUGGGGCCAAUGUGUCCAGCAGUUCCGGAAUGUAGACGUCCUCCGCAGGGUUGGAGGACAGUGGCAAUCAGCUGCACUGUCUGUAGCAACAUGCUGUGACUGCAAGGUUCGGGCUGGUACAGAAGUUCAUUCACUUGUUGUUGGAGAACGGACUCGUAUUUUAGUCUCCUAA